AUGGGAAAGUAGCCCUCAACACCGAACCAGCCGAGCUCAUUUAAUUCUGGCCCAGCACGCUCAAUAGGCAGGAGAGCAGAGCUGCUUCAAUCCAACGUCACUCACCAGCUACAAGGGCAGCAAGAACAGCGGCGUUAUUUCAGUCGCUUUGUUGCAGGGUAGGCAAUGAAAAGACACUUCCUUGCUAUCUGCGGAGUGAAAAUCCUGUGCACAGAAGUAAUCUUCAAGCCACUCAGUAGGGCAGGGGGCAGCCAGUCGCAUCUCAUUUGAGGCGUUUUUCAAAGAGACCUACUUCAACACCAGCACAAAGAGGGAAAAAACAACAAUGAAACUUCAUCUGCAGCUGCAAUGAAGUCUGCCCCUACUUUCUCUGCACAUCUUUUCUGGAAGAGACUGAGAAUUUUGUGAAGCAAAGGAGUGGUUUCAGAAGAGGUGAGCGCAGGAGGCUCAAUGAGGCAGUGGUCUGACCCUUCCCACAGGGAGCUUGCCCUGCUGCAAUUCUGUCUUUAGGACCCCACUCCCCAGCACAAGUCAGGUGGAGGAAAUGCAUUCCAACCAGAGCUGUGAGGGCAGGGGACAGUUUUGCUGUGUCUCAUCCAUCCCGUGUGUCAGUUACUCUGAAAUCAUGAUGUGAAGCCGUGUGAAAGCUGAGAAAAGGGAUCCACAGUUAAGGCAGCUCAGCUCUGUUUCAACACUUUUCCAAGGAAAAGGAGGAAAUCCCCUGGUUGCUCUGAGUGGAACACAGCCCGUUUCUCAGCCCUCUUCCUCCCCUCAGCUGAAGCAGAGAAGGCAUGAAGCAGUAUUGCCCUAAUGAGAAGAAAAAACUGCUGGAGGCAGAAGCACAGCCAACAGAAGCAGAGCAGAAGGUAAAACCAUGGAUUGCACAGGACAGUGCUAAAUACAAUGAUGGCACUGAAGGUUCAGAUUCUGUUUGGCUUCCUCUGGUGUGUGAUUUUAAUGCCUAUAGAUGGCUUCCCAGUAGACAGCAAUACUGAAUUUCGCUCUGCUUUCUCAGUGGCCAGAACCAGCAGCAUGGAAGGGAGCUCUGAGAUGGUCAUUACCUUUGACAAAGUGUAUGUGAACAUUGGCAAUGACUUUGAUCCCAAGACCGGGUUGUUUCGGUGUCGUAUUCCUGGAGCCUACUACUUCUCAUUCACAGUUGGGAAAUACCCAAAGAAAAACUUGUCUGUCAUGCUGAUGAGAAACAAGAAUGAGGUGCAAGUGAUUGUGUAUGAUGAACAUCACCGAAAGGAACGGAAGGUAGCCAGCCAGAGUGCCAUGCUGCAGCUUGACUAUGGUGACACAGUCUGGCUGCGUUUACACGGAGACCCCAAGUAUGCUCUUUACAGCAAUGUAGGCCCCUAUACAACUUUCAAUGGCUAUCUAAUCUAUCCAGACACUUCUGCCUUCUUCCAGAACGCUCUCAGCUCUCAAGAACUGGGGCCUCACCGUCACAACGUUCAGAAACUUCCAGGAGAGCAGAAUGCAGCUUCACAGCGACAUAUGUUAUCCGAUCAGCCUAAGAAGGAACAAGACCCUCGCUCUGCAUUUUCUGUUGCCCGCUCACAAAGUCUCCUGGGCACAGAUGGCAAGCAAACCCAGCACGAGCCAAUCACAUUUGACACGGAGUUUGUGAAUAUUGGGAAAGAUUUCAAUUCCUCCACUGGCAUCUUCUCAUGCCGUAUACCUGGUGCAUACUAUUUCUCCUUCACCAUUGGCAAAAUGCCCUUUAAGACCAUGUCAGUGAAACUUAUGAAGAACCACAAUGAGGUGCAGGCCAUGAUCUAUGAUGACAACCACUCCAAGAGGCGGGAGAUGCAGAGCCAGAGCAUCAUGCUGCCUCUGCAGUACGGGGACACCGUCUGGCUCUACAGCCAUCAGCAUGAUGGCUAUGGUGCCUACAGCAACCAUGGCAAGUACAUCACCUUCACAGGCUUCCUGAUCUAUUCGGAGCCUCAGCCAAAGCGGCUCCCAGGUGCCAGCUCACUCCAAGGGUCAGAAAAUUAAACGUGGAUGUGAAAGGAGCAUAAGAAAAGCCAGGGUGCCACGAACUUGGGUAUAGCUCCUCUUUGGAUAUAGUCCUCUACUUUGAGCAUGCUAUCAUGUGUACAGUGCUUUCUUUAUGCUGCACGAUUGUGCUCUGACUGCAGGGCCAUUGCUGUGUCUGUCAUUCAUCCAUAGAAAAGUCUGUACAGGAAUGUAUGUGUGUGUCCUGUGUUGGUGUUUGACUUAAGCAUAAAGCAUGAGGUAGUUUUGGGGCAGGGGUGGGGCAAUGUAGUGAAAUGCUGAGGAUCAGGGAAACACUGCAGUCGUGUUACUGCAGAUCUGUAGCAUCCAGAAGGCGAAGGAUGUGGUGACUUUCCUUGCAUAUGUGGGAAGGAAAUAAAUGUAAUAAAAAAUACAAAAGGUGUAAAAUUUC